AUGGCUCUCCCCUCCUCCCUCGGCACGAGCGCGGCCCUCUCCAUCGCCCGGUCAUGCGCGGCCCCAUGGCGCUCUCCCCUCCUCUCCCCGGCGCUCGGCCCCAUCUCCUCAUCCGCCGCUGCCGCGUGGGCGCGAGCACGAUGCUCUGGCGCGGAUGUGGCCGUCCGUCCUCGCUGCACUGAUCCUCUCCCUCGGACUCCUGCUCCACCGGUGUCGCGGCGCAGAUGGAUGGCAAGCCGCCGGAGCCGCCGCCGCCGCCGCCCGCGCUUCGAGGUGCUCGGCCUCCUCGCCAGAUUCGCCUGA